UGAGAACCACAAAGCUUUUGUACUCUGAGAUUUUAAACUCUGUUCAAAGAAGGGAACAGCUUCCUGGAACAAAAGUAGUGGCCAAUUUCAAGUAAAAAGAAAAAAAAAACCCGAUCAAAGACGAAAGUGACGGAAAUCUGAUAAUCAUGGCACUCGUGGACUGCACAGUGCAUCUGUUUGCCGGCCCAUUCCAAAAACUGCAAUCACCAACACCAACCACAACGACACCAGCAGCAGUGCCGGUUCUCACCUCACAAUCACCAAGCGUCGAAAGAAACAACACUACUACCCAUGAAAACUUUCAGACAACCCAAAACUCUCCUUCACUUCUAACUUUGAUAUUGGGCAUCUUCAUCCCCAUCAUUCUCACGUCGACCAUCGCCAUUUGGUAUGCUCUAGAAAACAUCAUGAGCGGCAAGGACAAGGCCGAAAACAAGAAAAAGAAAAAGAGUCACGGUGGUGCCAUUCAGGCAACAGUCGAGUACGACAUCAUACCGCCGUCUCGAGAUGAACACACCUGCGGGAGGAAUAACAGAAGCGCCAACGAGAGCAAACCCGACAAGGUGCCAGAGAACUCCAACAGGUGUUCGGAGACGGGCAAACUAAAGCCUUCUAUCCCGAUCCCGCAUCCGUUCCCCAUUCCAUGGCUGCCGAUUUUCAUCCCACCUCUGGACGCGGCGGAUGAUGCUGCCGCCGACCAAGGAUCCACGGACCCGGCAUCGAACCGCAGCCGUCCGUCAGCUGCGAUCCUGAGCCUUCUCGGCAAGACUCGCCACUUCAUCCCGCAGCUGGAUGAGCAGGUAGUCGGGCCCAAGGCGGCGCGCCAGAGCCUUUCAGAUUGGGAGUUGGCUCUGCGUGCAAGCGGGGUUGGCGGCCCGGCGCUUCCCCGGCCGCUGCCGAUCAUGUCGUCCAGCAUGAGGGAUGCGUUUGUGUAUUGUGAUUCUUGUGAGCUGACGUGGCUCGUGGGGGAGGAUGACUGCCAUGGGUCGGGAAGUCAUCGAGUUCGGCAUCCAAUGCAUGAGGCUUACGGCGGCCCAGACCGUCCAAAAAAGAAAAGCCGCUCUCGCCAACCCGACAAGCCCCUUGGCUCCAUUGUCGUCCACAUCGCCGCGGGCUUUCCGAGCAAGCCACCCAAGUCAAGCAGGAACGGCGCACCAACCCAGAUCGAGGCCCGUACCGCCAUCUCAUUUGGUCAGAACUCGCAGUACAACCUCGUGGACACGCUCAAGGUGCUCAACGUGGCCUCGAGCAAGGAGAUCGCCGAGUUGCUGGCGGCGACGCACGCGCUGGAGCUGAUUGCGACCGAGGUGCUCCCGGACCGCCGGGCGAUGCUCAUCCAGCACAGGGCCGACAAGAGGGCAACCACGAUGAAGAAGAUGGACAUGGACAACGAGAGGCGGUACGCCGAGGAGCGACGCAACGAGGCCAUGGGGAGGAUUCGACGCGUCGUGCUCAAGACCAUGGACCGCGUGAGGAUGACCGACGCCAAAAUGUUUGACGUUGAGCGCAAAGAGUUCGACGACCUGGUCCGCGAGAUGCUCUAUCCUCAGGACUUGCUCAAGGAGCCAAACCUACAGCGGCCGAUAACCAGGAAGACCAUCGAGACAACACUGGCGGCCAUCGAGCGUAGGGUGAAGCUGACAAAGCCGCUGUUCAGCUCCUCGGAGUGGGACAUCAUUCUGGACCACUUUCUGCCGCGCUUCGAGAUCUUAUCCAAGCGGCUCGAUACAUACCACGACGGCCUCAUCAAGGCCGCAGUCGAGCAGUUGCGGAAGAUGGCGUGCGAGCUCCUGUUGCAAAACGGAAUGGAGCUUGCGGAGAUCGAUGACUGGUGCAACUCGAAUGGCGAAGGGCCUGGCAGGAGUCUCAGGGACCUCGUGGCUCUGUGUAUGACCUUUAAAAGUGACCCGGCCGGCGAAGCCAAGACGGACACGACCAACGUCAAAAACGAACUCUCUAAAGAUGAGGCCCUCGUCGUUACGAUGCUCAUGUGUGCCGUCAGGGAGUCCUUGGGUCCGAUGGCCUGGGAGCUUCAUUCAAAGUACGACAUUGUGCAAGAUUUUAUGAUGAAGAACAAGGAUAAGCAUACAAGCAUUCCGCAUGUCGCCACCUGUUUCAUGAGGGACAUAUGGUUAUUCCCGAUCAAGGGGGACGACAUGGCGACGAAAGAAGAAGACGGAGACGGUGAUGGAGGUCUAAAUACGAAGGCCUCUCCGACAACCCCAAGCGACCAAAAACCCGUAGAGGCGGCCCCUGGAGCACAGACGGCGUCCUCGGUUGGGCAGACGUUCAUGUCACAUAUUCGGAAGGGAGUUGCUGCGCUGACCAUGUCAUCUUUGUCUUCACCCCCACCGGAAGACCAGGGCAAAGAUGCUAAGCGCACGUGUCCAGCUUCCCCUCGUACAGAAGGAUCUGCGGUUGCAGGAGAACCGGGAGACGACAGAGACAAUACCCAAUCUGGUCUGGGUCGUGCCAAGACGCCGAUGUCGAGGAUACCGGCACUCAGAAUCAUCAUGGUAACGGAUUCGCAAGAUAUGGUGGACAGCAUCUGCAAGCACCAGGACGACUGGACGAUUCACUUCAAGCCUGGUUCUCGCCGAGACAAGAGGCUGGACAGCAUCCCGCAGGUCAAGAACCGUCACGGGGAGCCGGUUGGAAACAGGAUAGAUUGGCUGAGGCUGUGGGCGAGCGUAGCGAACCUGAGCGUGCUGCACAAUGUCAACGUCUGCUGGUACGCGGUACCGCGGGCGAUGAACGCGGAGGCCGUGGCCUUGUUGUCUGCGGAACCCAAAGAGGGUAAAGAGUGAGUGAGGACAAGGGUAGGAAUGUGGGUGGGAAGAAUGGAUGUGACGGGGGAUGGAUUGAUAAUGCAAAUUAAGUUUGCUGAGCCGCUGGCCCCAAAUUGCAACCAAUCUGACUGAAGUAGAGGUGCGGGGCAGCUGCGGCGAGCUAGGAGAACACUUGACGAAGCGAAGCAUUUGGGCUACAGCAAAGAGACUGAGUUUGUCUAGGUGCCACCUUCCUUCCCCCCCUUAUCCCCUCCAUCACAAAUGCGCCUUGUGUAUCAUGAGUAGUACCGGUAACGC